UCGCGAGUUCAGUCUGCGACUGGCCACCGCGUGCGUAACGUCGCUCCCUUCCCUGUGCUUUCGAUUUCGUUUCGCCUGCACCCGGACACCCUCGUGAAACAUCGGUCGCGCGCCCUUCCCGCCCCAUGCAGCGGGUCAGCUCGGCGUGGCUGCGUCGCGACGCGUACACCUCGUCGCUGGACGUGACCCGGGAUCGCCGUCGAUCACGUGUGACCUCGUGCCGGUGGACGGUGGACGUUUAAAUCGCGUGAGGAAGUUCCGCGAAGUUUAUCAUUGAAAAAAAGAGAGAAUAUGCAGAAGGACUCAGUGAAGGAGAUCAUUGACGGUACCACGACGAUGAAAGUUCGAACGAUCCUGAGUCGAUUGGAUGUGUGACGAGGCGCUAGGAUAACAACAAAACGCCUCAACGACCGUCCCCGUGAGAGAAACGUGAUUGGGUGAUUGCCACUAGCUUCCAUGAAGACACCUCGGCGACCAUGAAGACUGAUUGCCUGCCAAUAAUCGCCAACUUCUGCGCUCUGCUGGCGCUGCUCUAUCCGACUCGCGAUGUUCACGCCUACGACAUACGGUCGUGCAAUCAAUCCUUGGGGAUGGAGUCCGGAGACAUACCGGAUUCGGCCAUUACGGCGUCAUCAUCGUAUGUGACGAACGUCGGACCACGAAACGGCCGGCUGCGGAAGGAGACAGCGGGUGGUGCCUGGUGCCCGAAGAGCCAGAUAGAAAGAGGAAUCCGUGAGUGGCUGCAAGUGGAUCUCCCUGGACCGCACGUGAUCACCGGCGUACAGAGUCAGGGUCGUUACGAUCAUGGCCGUGGCCAGGAAUACGUCGAGGAGUACACCCUCGAGUAUCGACGUCCCGGGUUCACCGAGUGGCACCGAUAUAAGCGCUGGGAUAACAAGGAGGUGCUGGCCGGGAAUACGGACACUUCGACGGUGGUGACCCAUCGUUUGGUACCGCCGAUCUUCGCCGAUCAAAUCCGCAUUCUACCACACUCCGAGCACAGGCGAACUGUUUGCCUCCGCAUCGAGCUCAGGGGCUGUCAGUUCACGGGCGGCGUGGUUAGCUACACGAUACCGGAAUCCCCGACGGUGGAGCUCAGCGACGUCUCGUACGACGGCAAAAGGCAGGACAACUUGUUGACCGAUGGCCUAGGACGGCUGAUCGAUGGCGAGGUCGGCGCGGAUAAUUACAGGCUGGACAUGGGAGAUGGAAGAGGCACCGGUUGGGUCGCGUGGAUGCGCGACACUUUCGAGGACGAUUACGUGGAGCUCGUGUUCGAGUUCGAGGUAACCUGGAUCUUUGAGGCGGUCCACAUCUACACCAAUAAUUAUUUCUCCCGCGACGUCCAGGUGUUUUCCAAAGCAGACGUCUGGUUCAGCGUCGAUGGUAUCACUUAUGAGGAGGAGCCUCUAUCCUACUCCUACAUACCGGAUAUCGUGUUGGAGAACGCGAGGAACGUGUCCAUAGGCCUGCACGAACGCCAAGGCCGGUUUCUCAAGAUACAUUUGUAUUUCGCUGCCCGAUGGAUCAUAAUCAGCGAGGUGACAUUCGAAGGAACGAAUCCCUAUGAAAAUACCACCGAGGAGUCGGCGUCCGAGUUCAGUAACCGGGAGAUUCCAAUGAACCCCGAGGUGGAUCUUAACUUGCAAACAAUUACAGCAGCGGGAGAGGGUCAGGAAUAUUUAGAGGUACUAAUAGGUGUUCUGACUGCCAUUAUCCUACUUCUUCUGUUGGUCUGCGUCAUUAUUCUACUUCUGAAUCGACGGCAAAAACUUCAGAGCUCGCCGACCGUGCUGAAAAAUCCAUUUGGAUUCGCCAUAAACAUGAAGGGACUCCUCUUAAAUUUAACCCCCGGUGGAAUGCUGACAGAGACUGCCAAUCACGUGUCACCGGACAUGCCGGAGGACGGAAGUAUGCACGAGUCUUUGACAAUGGAACAAUUCAAUUCACCCCUUGUCAGCCCGCAGUAUAAAUCUACCUACGCGAUAGUGGCCACUUCUGAAUCGCCGAAAGACUUGAAAGAGUUGAACCUUCCGGAGGAAACCGUCCGGCUGGACACGAGACCGGAAUCGACCGUAGGCCCGGCUAGUUGCUCAUCAUCGCCGACCAACUCCCCCGCACGGCAUUCCCAACACUACAGGACUCUCCAAAGUUACUCGAGUCCAACUACGAAACUCAAUAUCGCUGUCUCGUCUAAUCAUCAGAGAGACGUCGAUCAGAUCCACUCGAAACGCUGGCACACAGCGCCGAAAGAGAAACACAAGAUACCCGCACCUGUCGUUAGCUGGAACAUCGCACCCAGUAUGAACAAGCCGUACAAAUGCAGGGAGAUAGAGCCCAGCAAUAUACCGCGACAGUGCCUACGUACCACGGAGAAACUUGGCUCGAGGAACAUCGGCGAGGCGAUAGUAUGCGAGACGGUCGGAUUGGAGGACGUGAUAGCGGAUGCCCCGAGAUUGGUGGUGGCUCGCGUGCCCGCUUGCAGCGGUGACAUACGUGCCGGUAGUAACGCGGACCAAAUGCGAGAGGUCCGAUUCUUGUCCGGCCUCUGCGAUCCGAACGUCGCUCGGAUCCUUGGCGUGUGCACCGUGGAGCCGGUCCCGUGGACGAUCAUCGAGUACACGGAACUCGGCGAUCUCGCCCAUUAUCUUCAGUACAGUGUGCCACUUACGGGAACGCUUAGGCCGAGCUGCAAUUUGAAGGCCCUUAGUCAGAGCUGUCUGCUAUACAUGGGGGCGCAGAUAGCAUCGGGCAUGAGGUUCCUCGAGUCGAAGAAUCUGGUGCACAAGGACCUCGCAGCCAGGAACUGUCUAGUGGGCCGCUCUUACACCGUGAAAGUGACCGACAUAGCGAUGUGCAGUGACCUUUACAAGAAGGAUUACAGUGACAUAGGCGGCAGACCGCCGGCGCCGAUCAGAUGGCUGCCGUGGGAAAGCAUUCUGCUGGACAGGUACACUUGCUCGAGCAGCGUAUGGUCGUUCGCCGUCACUCUAUGGGAAGUGAUGAGUCUGGCUAGGGAGAAACCUUUCCAACAUCUGACUAACGAUCAAGUGAUACAGAACGCCGAACAUAUGUAUUACGGGGCCGAGUUGCAGAUAUAUCUUCCAAAGCCGACGAUGUGUCCCGAGGAGGUCUACAAGAUGAUGUGCUCGUGCUGGCGACGGGACGAGACCUCGAGACCGACGUUCAAAGACAUUUACACGUUCCUGAAAAACCUGAUCGCGGACUAUCGACCUGGUGCAUAAACAGAAUCGAGAUCCCAGUUAACUGUGAUACAAAAAUCGAACGGACGAACCUCCUCACCGGGAAAUGAAAACCUUGAUGAAAAGGGACUUGCCGGAAAGUGUACAAUCGUUAGUUUUUAAUGCAACACCGAGUUUCCCAACCGAUGGAGAAAUUUCGCAAUGAGCCAGGCGAAGCCUUGAAAACUCUGCUCUCGAUCUCUAUCUUCAAUUGUUCGGCGAAAAUAAGAGAAAAAAGGGUAACAAUAGGGAAUCGUGAACGACGAGGAUCGCCCUCGAUAUUUUCUAGUCAGCUCGGUCCUUCAAUUCCUACGAAAAGUGCUGUAUAUCGUGUACAGUAUUCUGAACACUGACAACCUGUAUUACCGCGACGCUAAGCACUGACACACGUCUAUCCACUUGUACAUAUGAGACUAGAAAUUAGGUAAACGCUGGGAACUCUCACGCUGGCUGGUCCCUCCGAAACAAGCUGAAUCCUAUCAUUUUAGAACAACAGUGCAAACUUGUUUCCUAAAUCAUUAAAAUAACUUAGAACUCAAUCGUUUAUUUUUAUUCGUUGUAUAUCCUUGUUGCAAUAAUAUUAUGAACCGAUGUGUUAUAAGAAAAGAAAAUGUAGAUUAUUUAAACAUUUAUUACCCAAUUAUAGUGAAUAAUUGUUAAUCCUUUCUUUUAGCUUUGCAGUUUAGUUUUAUUUGUAUAAUGAUAUUAUGGACUGAUAAGAAGAAAUUGUAUCGAAUACCAUCGGCAGCGUGAAAAUUCCACUUACUUGUACAUUCGAGAGCCCGUCGUACGUAGCAAAGUACUUAUAUCGUUCCAUUGUAUUCCUUUCCGUUCGAGAGAAAAAGCUCACGCAUCUUUAGCGGGCGUAGAUUCGAAUACCUGACUAAAAAAAAAACUCUGUUCUUCGCGAUAACUUGAAAUGCAUAGUCAUCACACUCCUUCCUUUGAUUUAUCACUAAGGGCAGAGGUGACGAUCAUUCUGUAAGAGUCGAUUCGAUUCUUAGGCUUCUCUAGAACGUUUGAACGCAAUUCCAACCGAAGAACCUUGCCGUGUGACAGUAUUAACAAUCACGAAGUGCGGUAGGUCAACCAUUAUCCAACUUGAUAAACAAUUCCGUUUUGAUAAACCUUCAUGAGCUUUUCAAUAAUAAUUGAUGUUAAGAAAAGGAAAAGGAGAUAAUAUUUAAAAGAUAAAUUGCAUAGUUUUAUGUCUUUACAUAAUUAAUAUUCGGACAAACAAGGUUUUUGUUAAAUGAUGUUGAGAUAAUUGAGUUCUACGUGAUAUUAUCAGAGAACGAUGGGAAGAGAUGAAGAAAUCGUGUACGCAGUUCGCUGUUGGUAAAGUGCCAAAAGGAGUGAAGCGUUCAAACGUUCACCUCUGCACGCACCUUUCUGUAAUUCUUAAGGUCGAUUCAAGUAUACGUUGAAAUGAUUAACAAUAAAGUACUGAGUGUUCCUUUCUGA